UAAAAUUCCAGACAAAGAAAAUCUGUUCCUUAUCUUUAGAGAUAAAUUAAAAGAGAGAUUGUUUCGAUACGGAGGGAGUAAUAAUUGCAAAACAAUAUCUACUCAUAAUAAUGAUAGGCAGCCGUUGAUCCUUAUCCAGAUUUUUGGGCCACUCCCCUUCAAUUGCGCUGCCUGUGUUUUCGUUAUCAAGCGAGAAAGAAACGUCAGAAAUCCCAGCGUAAGAAACAUUAUGGGACAGAUAUUCUAAACAUAUUCAUUGGCAUGUGUGUCUAUAUAUACACACAAAAGAGAUGGAGAUUGAAGAAGUGCAUAUUGUGAGAUAUAUAUGUAUAAUAUAUCUUCGAAGGAGAUGAAGGUAGGAAGAAUGGUGCAUUUAUGGAUGUUGCAAGUGAUAGUUUUGAAUCUGAUAAUCCUUGAAGCUUCCGAAGCAGUGGAUCCCACUCAAGGAUUCAUCCCUGUUGCUGUGGACAGCUCUAAUUUUCAGGUGCAAAAGCCCUACAAUGUCCCUGUUAACCAGCGAUAUAGCUUCUCCAAUGGAGUUCACAGGUUCCGGGUCUACUCCACAGACAAGCCUUUCAAAUCCGGCAGCGGCACUCUACCUCGGACGGAGAUCCGAAUAACAGGACAUGAUUACACAUCCGGGGUGUGGCAAUUUGAAGGGCAUGGUUACGUACCAAGUGGAACAACUGGGGUAUGCAUUAUGCAAGUGUUUGGAGGAAGCCCUACCGCCACAACCCUUCAGCUUAGGGUUUAUGAUGGUUCUCUCACAUCUUACAGAUCCCCUGUCCUGCUUCGAAACAUGUACAACAGAUGGUUCAGACUCAACGUCAUCCAUGACGCGGCUGCCUCCAAUGUUAAGGUUUAUAUCGACGGAGUUCUCAAAUACAAUGGAGCUGGUCGGGGACGGGCCAAUCACUACUUCAAGUUUGGGGUUUAUACACAGAAUGAUCCUUCCCAUUACAUGGAAUCUCGUUGGAAGAAUAUAAAACUUUUCAGAAAGUAGAGUUCUCUUUUGGAAUGCCUUGUCCUGAUCAUGAUAAGAAUAAUAAUGUCUCUCUUUCAAUAAAUAAUAAUAAUAAUUUGGAUGGGCAAUAAUAUAUGACCAAUCCAACUUCUUUACAUUGAUUUUAAUCGGCAAAUAUAUUUGACUUGUAUGUUACAAGUUUGUGUGUUUGAAUUUUGUUAUCAGA